CAAGAUCCUGAGUGGAGCUAUUUUGUAUUGCCUUCGACUAUCGUGAUGGGCAACAUUGCGCCGACCGCAGCGUGCAACCCGAGCAGCGACGGCGCCAAUGAUCGGACCACCAGCGCCGAGUACGCGCCUCCGGAGCGUGGCCGGCGCAAGCGGCCGCGAGUGCUCGUGGCCCCGCAGCCGGUCAGCAUCGACCCGCCGGUGGCAGCGUCGGGAACUGACGCCUACGACCAAGUGUGCCACGAGUUCAGCCUUGUGUUUCCAUCCGCAGGUGCAUCUCGCGCAAAGACGACGACGACCACAGCGACUGCGAUGGCGUGGAAGGCUGCCGCUGGCGACGAAGCCAACGAGGACGACGACGACCGCGACAGUACAACGUGCUCGUCCGAGUGUUCACAAGACACGGUGCUGUGUGACGAUGACGAGUCGACGUUCGCCUGUACGUACCGGAAGCGAGCGCCGUUCUCUGACGACAGACCCUUCUCACUGAGUGCGCGGUCGCCCUUUAUAGUCUCCGAUUACCUAUGUCCUUGCCGCCGCUGCCCAUGGUACGAUGCGAUUGCGCGCCAUGUCAUGACGAGCAGUCAUCUCUCGUCGCGGGCCAAGCGACACGUCACGCGCAUCCUGCAGGCGUACUCGACGUACAACGAAGUCGCCGGCUUCCGCAGCGACAUGCUGCGCGUCGUCGAAGCCUGUUGGACGCAGUGCGACGGUCAAGAGAACGAAGCGUUCGAAGCCUUUGUCGAGAGCUACGAGAGCGCGUACGCCAAUGAGUGGCUUUGAUCCGCGUCUCGCCAUAUUUAACAUAGGAAUAGAAGAGCGUUCGCGUCG